AUUUCUGGACGCCACUAUUUCCGGUUGCGGCGGAAGCUACAAGUGUUUGCAGAAAAUCUGUCCGAAGAUGGAGACUUUAACUGCGGGACAUAUGAUGAGCUUAGCUGCUCUACAGAGACAAGACCCGUACAUAAACAAGCUGCUGGAUGUCACCGGUCAGGUAGCUCUGUACAACUUCAACUCCAAAGUGAACGAAUGGGAGAAGACUGAAAUCGAAGGAACACUAUUUGUUUAUUCGAGGUCUGCCUCACCUCACCAUGGCUUCACCAUCAUGAAUCGACUGAGUACAGAGAACCUCGUGGAGCCGAUAAACAAAGAUCUGGAGUUCCAGCUGCAGGAUCCCUUCCUGCUCUACAGGAAUGGCAACUUGGGUAUAUAUAGCAUUUGGUUCUACGACAAACGGGACUGUCACCGCAUCGCCCAGCUGAUGGUCAAGAUUGUGAAACAAGAAGCGGAUCACGCCCUGAGAAAGACCCCAGAGAGGGUGGAUCCAGGGAGAACCAAUGGAGUCGCAGAAUCCCGACCCAUCGACAUCCUGGAGCUGCUCAGCAAAGCCAAGGAGGAAUACCAGAGGGCCCAGAGUGGAGAAACAGACGCGUCUGCAGAGUUAAAUGUGAAAACAAGCAUUAACAAGGCUCCAGAACCUGCACACAGUACACAUCCAGCUGAAAAGAGCUCUCACACCAUGGUGAAGCAGAUCACUGUUGAGGAGCUCUUUGGUUCUCCGCUCCCUAAAGAACAUUCCGCGCAGAACGCCGCCUCAUCCUCCUCCUCUGGCGACCUCCCUAGCGCCUACUUGCAGAAGCAGCCGUAUCCUGCUGCAGCUCACCAGGCUCCUCUCCUCACCCAGCAGUUCUCAACCCACGACCCCAGCUCUAGCCAGCAGCCACACAGACCCACUCCCAUCCCCGCUCCCUACACACUCAAUCCCAGUCCUGUCUUCAAACCCAUGGUCCCCAUGCCAGACCCCCAGCCUCACUGCUCCGUCUCCCCUCUGCUGAUGGCUCCAGCUGGAUCGGAGCAUCAGAAUAACCUCACCGCACCCUCAGCACCUUCAGCUGCCUUUCUGGGACAGAACAUUGUUAGCUCUCUCAAGCCAGCAGCUUCAUCUGUGAAUUCCGGCAUCCACAAACCCAUCCUGGCUCCCAGCUUCCUGCCGAGCACGCUGUUCCCCCCUCACAGCUUCCAAGAGCCCAAGAAGGACGUUUUCUCUCAGCCUCCCAAACUGAUUGCGCCAAUGUCUGCUAUUCCUAUGAGCCCUGGUCUUGCUGUUCCAGGCUCAGAUGCUUCAGUGCUGCUCUCCCCAAGCGCUUUCCAGCAGACUACAAAUAAAACCACAACAGUACCGGUCAUCCAGUCCGCCCCGCCGGAUCCAUCCUCUGCUUCUGGAAGAGCUGCAGAGAGUCUGCAGACCCCCUGCAGUAAAACACAGCUGCAGGACAUUUUGAUACACCUCAUUGAGAAUGACUCUGACUUCCUCAGUGCCAUCCAUGACGCUUACCUGCAGAGCGUAUCCAAGGACUUCAGCAGCAUGAAGCUGUAGUCCGGCUUCCAGCGGACAUGAUUUCAGUGUUAGGGCUUCUUUCUGGCCACAGAAGAGGACACAUGAUUUUGGGAGAAAAAGGAUGAGCAGGCAGGUUUGUGACGCACGGCACACCACAUUGUCAUUGUCUUUUUUGGCAAUGGUUUGUGUGCCAAGGACUGUUACAGGAAAGCCGCAGCAAUCUAACCCCGGAAUCUCCUGUUACCCUGGAUCAGUCGGCGGGUAACCGAGGCAACACGAAGGGGAGAAUAUUUCUUCUCUACGUCCCUCAGCCAUACUUUCCAAAUAAGGUGAAUCUGGUUAAACUAAUGACCACUUCUUGAAGAAAUCUGAUUACUUACAGGAAAGGGAGGAAUACAAUGGAUGUUUAUUUACAAAAAAAAAUUUUUAAAAUUUUUUUUUAGAAUAAAUACCUUCCUUUUCUUCCAAGAUGCAGUCAAAGCAAAAAACAACAUAGAUUAUGAAUUAUUCUUUGAGCUGUUUUUUUGUUGUUUUUUUUUUAUUAUUCACGUUCAGUGGUAGAAUAUGUUUAUAACUCCUAAUCGCACAAAGCCCCAUCUUUGCAUCCUUUCUUUCCUCCAUUUGUUCCUGUAUUCUUUUGUUUUCAUCCUUAUUUGCUGUUGCCUCUCCUCCACCAGCUGAGCUCUCAGUGCUUGACCUUUGACCUUCUCGGGGGGGGGGAAGACUUGCGCAAUACACAAGAGAUUCAGACCAGCACUGUGGGAUGCUUAAGGAAGGUACUACAGAACUAGAUUUAUAUGAAUUUAAAUAUCUUAUGCAAAAAAAGGGGAAAAAAAGUCAUGUUGUUUGGAUUCCUGUUUACAUUCAUCCUCCUAUAAUCAAAACACAUAAGGAAAAGUUGGAGCUGAAUUUUUUUUUUAACAACGUCAUUCUCAUUUCUACUCGGGAGGCAAGUCGUUAAAGUUGGGAUUGGACGAAAUAAACUGCUUUCAUUUUUGGUUUACAGUUUGACUUCAAGUAGAGAAAAAUCAGUUGAACUUCAAUUAAAUUGUUCUCUUUGCAGUACGAGACUACUGCACUAAAUCUAGUGGUGAAUCCUGACAGGAAUAGUACAUCCAGAGCGUCUAAGGCACAAAAAAAGUUUGUUUUGCAGAUGUUUUAUUCCAGAAAAACUUUCUCCACAUCUGUAGUCGCAACAUAACGGGCAUACUGGAUCUUUUCCCCUCUAAAACUAUGGAUGUUAGUUUGCAGGCUCUGAUUUAUUUACCAAAACAAACAGUGAAACAAUGUAUUUUUGUAAGCAGUAUGAAAUUCUUCCUUUUUUUUUUUUUUUUUGAAAAAUCAGAAACGUCCUUGGAUAAAUUGAGAUUAUAUUAACUGUUACAUACAGCACUCCUAAUAAAGAUGAAAAUUAAAAAUCUCUAAAAUAAAAUCAUCUCUUACUGUAUUGGCUUACCCUCACUGAAAAAUGAAGAAACUUUUAUUUUUAUUUAUUUAUUUUUUAACAAAAUUACAAGUGCCACACUUAUUGACACCCCUAAUAAUUACAAUUCUGAACAACGGAAGCUUUUUUAAAUGUAUGUCUUUGCUUCUUUUAAUUGAUCAGAGUGCCUAGGGAAUAUUUGUAGUAAUAAAUACCUUCCCAUUUCAAGACCCAAAUUUUCUUAGUCACGGUCCAAAUGGGAACUAAGAGAAAAUGCCUUUAAAGACAGAAAGAGUUGCAACUGACUACAAUAAAUUCUCUGUUCUCCUAAACCCACCUGUGUCUGAAACAUUGUGAACAUUUGAAAGCUGGAUAAGGAAACUGCAGGUAAAAGAAAUCUAAAGUUCACAUUUGGAUAACUGCAAGAAAUUGGUGUAAUAAAUUACUAAUUUAAAAAGAAAAAAA